GCUCGAUCCCUCACUCUAACCCCUGGCUCGAGAUCUGGGAUUUUCCCGGGAAUCGGAUUGGCCAGUUACCGAGCUUCACAGGCAAGGGGGGGGGUGCGUCUGCAAGGAUAAUAAGACGGCCUUGCCGACCGCUUCGAUCGUGCCCCUCCGCCCAUGGAGGCCGAGGAGCCCCUGAUGCAGAUGCCGCACGAGCGAGAGCAGCAGAUGGCGGCUCCUCCCGCGGGCUUCGAUCCGAGCUACAUCGACGAAGUCUCACAGGGACGCCGCGCUCUCAGCGUCCCCGACCUUGAAUCCCUGACCACGGGCACGGGCGCCAGCAUCUACCAGUCCACAAUCCUCCCCGCCAUCCGCGCCGCGCGCUCCGAGGUCGUGCUGGUGACGUGCUUCUGGGCGACGGCGUCCGCGACCCGCGACCUCCUCUGCGAGGCGCUCAAGGACCUGUCGCGGCGUGUGCUGGCCUCGUCGACACCGUCCUCGUCAUCACUACCGCCACCGGGGGCAGCGUCCCAGAAAGUCUCCGUGCAGAUAUGUUUCUCCUCGAGCUCGCUGGCGCGGAACAUGCUCCUGCCGACGCCCGCGGCCGGUCAGGUCUACGACCCCGCAAGCUGGGGGAAGCUGGGCCUCCCCGAGCCCGAGGAGAUCAAGGGUCUGGAUCUGCGGGUCGUGCGCAAGUUCUUCUGGCCCUGGGGCAUCGUCCACCCGAAGUACGUGAUCGUGGAUCGCAAAGUGGCCAUCUUCCCGUCGUGCAAUGUCUCGUGGGAGCGGUGGUUCGAGGUGGCCCUGUCGUUCACGGGUCCCGUGGUUGACCACCUGCUGCGCUUCCACGCCGACUUCUGGGAGGAAGGGAGGCCUCUUCCACCUCGGCCCUCUCCUGAGGCUGCCGCUGCCCGUCGCUUACUCGACGCCGUUGCAGAUCAGACUAUUGCCUCUUCGACCACCUCUGCCACCACCGCAACCGCUCCAACAACUCUCCUACCGUCGCCACACACCCCCGCCACCCUUCCCAACCACCUCCACCCGCGCGUCCUCCUGGGCCGCUGUCUCCCGUGCAUCCCGGACGCAGGCCCGCUCCCAUUCCCGCCCACGCCGCUGCUGGAGGCCACACAGCACCUGCUCCGCACGGCGCGGUCCCGCAUCGUCAUGCUCACGCCCAACCUGACCGAGCCGACGGUGCUGGAGUGCCUGCUCGGUGCGCUCGGGAGGGGCGUCCGGGUCUGCGUAUGGACGAACCGCGACCUGAUGACCGCGGAGCAGGUCGUCACGGCCGGCACGACGACACCACGCUGUGUCCGCAAACUCCGGGACGGGGCCCUGCGAUCGGGAGCGGCGGCCGCGCUGCUGGACGUCGUCUUCUUCGACGACCAAGACCCGGACGACGCGCCGGGUGUACCGCCGCGGCCGCCGCGACGGGGAUUGCAGGAGACCGACGCAGAGCGGGACCUCGACGCGGUCCCCGUCAAGCUGCACGCCAAAGUGACCAUCGUCGACGACGAGAGGAUCCUGUUGGGCAGCGGCAACAUGGACGCUGCGAGCUGGAGGACGAGCCAGGAACUGGGCGUGCUGGUCGAAAGUCGCGCGGUGGUCGACAGCUUCAAGAGGCGGUGGAAGUAUAGCACGCUCUGAACUGCUUGGGGGAGAAUUAUACAAAGUUCGACUAACUGUCUGUCUAAACUGAGGAUGGCCCAGGCCUGUUUGUCCCUACAUCACAAGGACGAGUAUCGUCGACCAGCCUCCCCCAGUGAUUGAUUGUCAUUAACAACCUGGACAAAGCCCUCGGUUCUGGAAUAAGAGGUUUCCCUUCUGAAGAAAAAUCUAGAUUUGUCGUCACCCUAGAACGCU